GCUACAUCGAGAGAAGCUUCGCUGUCUUUUUGUCCUGUUUCUGUCCGUAAACAAUUGUUGUUUAUAGCUGAACAGGGGAAAAAGGAAAGCGUAAGUGAUCGUUCUGAAUCAUGGAUCAGCUCAUCAGCUUCAUCAUACGCCCACCCAGAGCUGAAUACAAUCCUGAACAUGAUUUAUUGGAGCAAGAGUUCAUGUUGAGAGGGAAAUGGUAUCAGAGAAAGGAUAUACAGAUUAAAAACAGUAGAGGAGAUGUUCUACAGUGUAGCCAUUACAUGCCUAUUGCUAGUCCUGAAGGAAAAUCUUUGCCCUGUGUGAUUUACUGCCAUGGGAACAGUGGAUGCAGAGCAGAUGCUAGUGAAGCUGCUAUAAUAUUGCUGCAUUCAAAUAUUACAGUUUUUGCCCUUGAUUUUUCCGGGUCUGGCUUAUCUGGAGGAGAGCAUGUCACUUUGGGUUGGAAUGAAAAGGAUGAUCUCAAGGCUGUUGUUGAUUAUUUGCGGUCAAAUGGAAAUGUUUCUUUGAUUGGCUUAUGGGGCCGGUCAAUGGGUGCUGUUACCAGCUUGAUGUAUGGAGCUGAGGAUCCUUCAAUUGCAGGAAUGGUUCUUGACAGCCCCUUCUCAAAUUUGGUUGACCUGAUGAUGGAACUAGUGGACACCUAUAAAUACCCUUUACCCAAGUUCACGGUUAAGUUUGCAAUUCAAUACAUGAGAAAAGCUAUCCAGAAGAAGGCAAAGUUUGACAUAACAGACCUGAACACGCUUAAGUUGGCAAAAUCUUGCUUUGUUCCAGUUUUAUUUGGGCAUGCCAUUGAUGAUGAUUUCAUACGCCCUCAUCACUCAGAUCAAAUAUUUGAAGCUUAUGUGGGAGACAAGAAUAUAAUUAAAUUUGAGGGAGAUCACAAUUCUCCCCGUCCUCAAUUUUACUUUGAUUCCUUAAAUAUUUUUUUCCACAAUGUUCUCCAACCUCCUGAGGAUGAGGUGGGGCCAACGUUUUAUGAACCCAUGCUGGAUUACUUUGGUAAGGGUACUUGGACUGAGCCUGACAUUGGUUUUCUUCCAUCAUCAACUGCAUCUAAAGAGCCAGGAGCAAGCAGCACAGUGGAUGCCAUUAAAGAAGUUCGUUCUAAAAGGCCUAUGAGUCGCAUGGAGGUUUAUAUCAUUGCCCUUAUUUAUACUCUUGUAAACGUGCCAAAUCAAAAUCAUGUCCCUUCUGAUAUCCUGGCUAAAGAUAAUCGUUCAGAAUCUGAGGAUAAAGAUGAAAGUGAUGAUCAUGGCUCAUCAUCAUCAAACAUGAUAAGCUUUGAAUUAUCAAAUGGCAAUCCUUAUGGACCACAUGUUCCAACAAAAAUGGAUGAUGAUCAAUAUGUAGAAUAUGAACUGGAUGACUUGGAAGGCUUUCCAUGCAGUGCAGAGGAGGAAGAACGGAUGUUCAUGGAAGCUGUGUUGGAAUCAUUAAAGGAUAUGAAUCUGCAGCAUCCCCAAACAGAAGAACAGAACAAUGGUACUGAUUCUUCUGAAUCUUUACAAAAAGAUAAUGUAAAUAGCUUGAAUGCUUCUUCCACAACAGAACAGCAGGGUCCCUCAAAAUCAGAAUCCGCCGCCACUUUAGUAGAGUGCCAGUCACCAGAGACUGUUACCACAGCAGUAACUAAUGGCCCCAAAAUCACCUCUGAGCAAAUAUCUCAUGAUUCAAGUGCGUCAAGUAUUGGACCUGUAUCUGAUACUCAAUCCACCAUUGAAUCAGGGAGCACAGGCAGUUCCUCUCUAAGUGAUACCUCAGCCAACAUUCAAAGUUCAUCAGAUGUCGACAUGUUAGCUAAUACAAAAGCAACUUUGACAGUUGAACGGAAUCCUACAAACAACAUCAUGGAUGGUUUGAUGCGUCGUUGGGAUCUCAACUUUUUUCGAAAUGGUAGAUGAAGAUAAAAGACGCUUAGUUUGAAUCAUUCUUGUUAUGUAUCUUUUUGUAACUUUUUAGAAAUUUGUGUCGUGAAAUGGCUUGAAAAAAAAAAUAGAGAGAAGAAAGAGAGAAAAAAAAAAAAGGGGAAAAAAUGGGUGCCGUGAUUGUAUUAAGGUGAUUUUAUUGGCACUGUCUUCAAUUUCUUUGCAAAUGAUUUCAUUAUCAUUUCUACUGUAAACAAUCUUACAUUGCCAUGGACGGAGUUGCAGUGAGUUGAGAGUAUUAAAGUUAUUUGAUUGAUUGUAUGGAAUUGGAUGCUAAUAUAUCUUACAAUUAGUG